GCCACAUUCGAGCGGGCCGUGCGCGCGGCCGGAGAGCCCACCUUUCCCUCCCAGCCGCCCGAGCCAGCAGCCCGGCGUCCGCAGCCCCCGCCCUCGCGACGUCACGGCCGCUAGGUGCAGUGCCCCCUAGGGGCCCGCUCCGCCGAGCAGGAAGCGCCGGUGCCUCCCCGCCGCUGGCCCGUUACCGCGCGCCGCCCUCAGGAGGAACUCGCAUCCCCCCAGCAUGAGCGCGCGUCUGCACCUCGUCCUGCGCCGGCUCGGCCGCUCGCCCCGGACCCCGGGCCCAGAAGUUAUUCAGAAUUCAAAAGAAGUUCUCCGUUUGUUGCAAGAAAAAAACCCUGCAUUUAAGCCAGUCCUUGCUAUUAUUCAGGCAGGUGAUGAAAACCUAAUGCAGGAAAUAAACCAGAAUCUGGCUGAAGAGGCUGGUCUGAACAUCACUCAUGUCUGCCUUCCUCCAGACAGCGGCGAAGCUGAGAUUAUAGAUGAAAUCUUGAAGAUGAAUGAAGAUACCAGAGUACAUGGCCUUGCCCUCCAGAUCUCCGAGGACUUGUUCAGCAACAAAGUGCUCAAUGCCUUGAAGCCAGAAAAGGAUGUGGAUGGAGUGACAGAUAUAAACCUGGGGAAGCUGGUGCGUGGGGACGCCCAUGAAUGUUUCGUUUCACCUGUUGCCAGAGCUGUCAUUGAACUUCUUGAAAAAUCAGGUGUCACCUUAGAUGGGAAGAAGGUCUUGGUAGUAGGAGCUCACGGAUCUUUAGAAGCUGCCCUGCAGUGCCUGUUCCAGAGAAGAGGGUCCAUGACCAUGAGCUCCCAGUGGAAAACACCCCAGCUUCAAAACAAGCUUCAGGAGGCCGACAUUGUGAUCUUAGGCUCACCUAAGCCAGAAGAGAUUCCCCUUACAUGGAUCCAGCCGGGAACCACUGUUCUCAAUUGCUUCCAUGACUUCCUGUCAGGAAAGCUUAGCUGUGGCUCUCCCAGGGCCCAUCUGAACAGACUCAUUGCAGAGGAUGACGUGGGUCUCCUUGCCGCCGCUCUGCGGAUUCAGAACAUGGUCAGCAGUGGACGGAGGUGGCUCCGAGAACAGCAGCACAGGAGGUGGAGACUCCACUGCCUGAAACUGCAGCCUCUCUCCCCCGUGCCAAGUGAUAUAGAAAUUUCAAGAGCACAGACUCCAAAAGCUGUGGACAUCCUUGCCAAGGAGAUAGGAUUGCUUGCAGAUGAAAUUGAAAUCUAUGGCAAAAGCAAAGCCAAAGUCCGUUUGUCCCUGCUGGAAAGGUUGAAGGAUCAAGCAGACGGAAAAUAUGUCUUAGUUGCUGGGAUCACGCCCACCCCUCUUGGAGAAGGGAAGAGCACUGUCACCAUCGGGCUGGUGCAAGCGUUGACCGCCCACCUGAACGUCAACUCCUUUGCCUGCCUGAGGCAGCCCUCCCAAGGGCCGACUUUCGGAGUGAAAGGAGGAGCUGCGGGUGGCGGAUAUGCCCAGGUCAUCCCCAUGGAAGAGUUCAACCUGCACUUGACUGGGGACAUCCAUGCCAUUACUGCUGCCAAUAACUUGCUGGCUGCAGCCAUUGACACAAGGAUUUUGCAUGAAAGUACUCAAACGGAUAAGGCUCUAUAUAAUCGACUGGUUCCUUUGGUGAAUGGUGUCAGAGAAUUUUCAGAAAUUCAGCUUGCUCGGCUGAAAAAACUGGGGAUAAAUAAGACUGACCCAAGCAUGCUGACUGAGGAGGAAAUGAGCAGCUUCGCCCGUCUCAACAUCGACCCCGCCACCAUCACGUGGCAGAGAGUGGUGGAUACCAAUGAUCGAUUUCUACGAAAAAUAACGAUUGGGCAGGCAAGCACAGAGAAGGGCUGUUCCCGGCAGGCGCAGUUUGACAUUGCAGUGGCCAGCGAGAUCAUGGCAGUGCUGGCCCUGACAGACAGCCUCCAGGACAUGAAGGAGCGGCUGGGAAGGAUGGUGGUGGCCAGCGACAAAAAUGGGCAGCCUGUGACAGCAGAGGACUUGGGAGUGACAGGUGCUUUGACCGUUUUGAUGAAAGAUGCAAUAAAACCAAAUCUGAUGCAGACCCUUGAAGGGACACCCGUCUUUGUGCAUGCUGGCCCCUUUGCUAACAUCGCUCACGGCAACUCUUCCGUGUUAGCUGAUAAAAUUGCCCUGAAACUGGUUGGUGAAGAAGGAUUUGUGGUGACCGAAGCUGGUUUUGGGGCCGACAUUGGAAUGGAGAAAUUCUUCAAUAUCAAGUGCCGAGCUUCCGGCCUGGUGCCGAAUGUGGUGGUGCUGGUGGCUACUAUCCGAGCUCUGAAGAUGCACGGAGGUGGACCGAGUGUAACUGCUGGUGUCCCUCUAAAGAAAGAAUACACAGAAGAGAACGUCCAGCUGGUAGCCGAUGGCUGCUGCAACCUGCAGAAGCAAAUUCAGAUCGCGCAGCUCUUCGGGGUGCCGGUGGUGGUGGCGCUGAAUGUCUUCAAGACUGACACCCGUGCCGAGAUUGACUUGGUGUGUGAGCUGGCGAAGCGUGCGGGUGCCUUUGACGCUGUCCCCUGCUAUCACUGGUCGGUUGGUGGAAAAGGGUCGGUCGAGUUGGCUCGAGCUGUGAGAGAAGCUGCAAAUAAAAGAAGCCAUUUCCAGUUCCUGUAUGAUGUCCAGCUUCCAAUUGUGGAAAAGAUAAGAACCAUUGCCCAGGCUGUGUAUGGAGCCAAGGAUAUUGAACUCUCUGCUGAGGCACAAUCCAAAAUAGAGCGUUAUACUGAACAGGGCUUUGGAAAUCUGCCCAUCUGCAUGGCCAAGACCCACCUCUCUCUGUCUCACCAGCCCGAAAGGAAAGGUGUGCCGAGGGAUUUCAUUCUGCCCAUCAGCAACGUCCGGGCCAGCAUAGGUGCUGGGUUCAUUUACCCUUUGGUUGGAACGAUGAGCACCAUGCCAGGACUGCCCACUCGGCCCUGCUUUUACGACAUAGAUCUUGACACGGAAACGGAGCAAGUCAAAGGCUUGUUUUAACGUAACAAGGCCCUCGCAGGACCUGAUCCAGGCUCCUCAAACACAAACAACUCCUUGCCUUUUCGCCGCAGUUGGAGAAGACAGUGAAUGUGAACGAUGCCUGUUACGCAGUGCUGGGGAAAUGGUGACAGAGGCCAAAGACUUCUGCGUUCAAAUUGUCUUGCUGAUGUUAUUUGCAGCAGGCUAGUGUGCAGCAAAAGGCCCUCCACUGAGUUUGAAAGAAACUAAUUUAUUUUCUGUUUCUGCAGAGUUUACAUUAUUUCCCACUGCUUAUACUUUAGAAUGUUUAUUUUACGAGGACUAAGGGAUUACAAGAGUGUGAACUAAAAGGUAACAUUUUCCAUUA